GCGACUCGUGUCAUGCCUGCAGUUGUGUUUGCCCGUGAACUCAUGUAGAAAGAGAAAGAAAGAAAGAAGCUGUUUUAGUUAUUUAAGUUGGAUAUAAACAGGAAGUGUAAGUCACGUUUAAGGUUAUUAUGAUAUUUAGAUGAUCUUGAAAUAACUAAAUAACAUUUGAAAAACAGUUUUGUUGGCAUGUGAUAUCAGGAGUAUAGCUAAUUUAUAACUCAAGUGAAUGGGAAUCUUAUUCGUAGCAAAUCUGUAUUAAGUUCCCACAAACCCUGAGGCUAACAUGGCCUCCACCUUCAUACUUAAUGUCAGAAUCUGCCUGAAACCAUUCAAGCCUUUCUUUCAUCAGGGAAGUUCAGCUUUCUCCACUUUAAAUACUUCUCUGUGUAAGUCACCACAGCUUCCUCUCUCAGCACGCUUUCUGUGCACCAGAGACAAUAACCCCAACUCAGGAGGCAGACAAACAGACUGGAGGAACAGGGGAUGGACUGAUCGACAGGGGGGAGUAAAGAACAGCACCAUCAGACAUAGGGAAGAGGAAUUGUGGGAUGGUUCUGUAAAGGGAAGAGGGAAAAGCUCCAUUCGUCGGCAGCUUUCCUUGCCAACAUCUGUGUUUGCUGCUGGGACUGCAGCAAAGACGAGAGAGUGGCUGAGCAGGAGAGCAACUGUGGCCCUUCAGGAUGUGGAGACUGAAGGGAUGAAGACUAGACAAGCAGAAAAGAUGCAGCCUCCUGACCGGCCGCUCUCUGUUACUGAGUGGAGGGAGCUGAAGGAGUCUCUGGGAAACCAACAACGCUUUGAAAUCUACAUGAUGUAUGUGCUGCUUAAGACCAGGGCAGAGCUGGAUAUCGCAAAGUCCCUGCUCACUUUUGUAGCAAUGGAAUCAGGGACGUUGCCUUAUCAGCUGUUACUACGAUACCUCACGCUGUGUGUGAAGGGCCGACAUGACGCAGAGGUGUUCGACCUCUAUGACAUUAUGCGGGAGAGGUUCCCUUCUCUUGACAAGGGAGCCUGCACCCUCUUUAUCGAGUUCUUCAGCCGGACGGCAAAGUGGAGGGAAUGCAUCAGCAUCCUGAACGAGAUUAAGAAGGUCUACACUCCAAAAGCACGGAACUAUGAUCGUGUCAUCACAGCAGCAUUGUCAAACGGUGAGGUGACCACUGCCUGGGCUAUGUAUGCUGAUUUACUUGAACAGGGACUGAGCCCGUUCCAGGAGACCUGGGACUCUCUGUUUAAGGGAGUGAGGACUGAGGCAGAGACCAUGUCUCAGUCUGAGCACCAGGAGAGGCUGCUGCAGAUUAUACUCUACAUGAGGAACAACCAAAUCUACCCCCAACAAAGCCUCGCCAGCACCAUCAAGACCUGGUUUGAGAGUCUCACAGGGCAGAAAUGGACAGGAAGUUGGACCAGACCUACCCCACAGGGUGUGUGUGGCUGUUGUGGUUUUAAGUUAGAGUCCAUGCAUCUGACUGCAGAGGAGUACCAACAGCUGAGAGACAGAGUGAUGACUGACGUCAUCCAGGGUCCAGAUGUUUUUAAAAAGACAACACAGCAGGAGCUGGAGAGAUUCAAGGAGUUUGUGGAGAAGAAGCCAGCCUUUGAUGUGGUCGUAGAUGGGCUGAAUGUAGCAUAUAACAACGGCAAGGACAGGGCGUCAGAGAAUUUGUUGGCGGUGGUGUCGGAGCUGGAGAGUCAGGGCCUGACUGUUCUGGUGUUGGGGAGGAAACAUAUGUUGUACCCCUCCAGAAGCUGGGACAAACGCCACAUGCAGAUUAUCAAGCAGAAAGCUCAUUGCUUCUUCACUGAAAGCAUUUCGGAGGACGACCCCUUCUUGCUGUAUGCCACUUUGCAUUCUGGGAACCACUGCCGGUUUGUGAGCAGUGACCUGAUGAGGAACCACAAGGCCUGCCUGCCAAAAGGAGAAAUCAGACAACUUUUUUUCAAAUGGCAGAGAGGCCACCAGCUGGUAUUGCAUGAAUACUUCAUAGAAGGCGGGAGAGUCAUAUUUCAGAGUAUUCCCAGCUAUGACACAAUUGUCCAGAAUUCAGCGGACUCGUGGCAUUUACCCUACGACGACGACACAGAGGACAGGGCCGCCUAUGAAGUACCACAACGAUGGCUCUGCCUCACCUCAAAGCACUGAACAUACCAAACACACGCUCAUAGUUCAAAUGCUUUGAUUAAAACAAUGGACCAUAGACUGUAUGGACUUGUAAAUAAAUCAUAAUGUAUUCAAA